AUGGAUCAUUGGAAUGCUGUAGAACCCCCAACUCAAGGGCCGAUUAAUUCUUCUGUAUUAUAUUUACAGCCACACCACAGAUCCGCUAUCGUUUUUGAUGGUGAAUCUUGUGACCUAGAUGUCAGAAGAUGUGACAAAGAAUCUUUUAAACCCUUUAUGCAUAUAGACCCUCGAGUAUCUGAUUACACCGACAUGAUUGGAUUUGGUGGGGUACGUAGAGUCGGUUACGUUCAUGUGGAUCAUGGAUUGAUCACUGCACUUGUCGAGUAUUGGAAACAAGAGACACAUAUAUUUCAUCUUUCUAUUAUGGGCGAGGCUACUAUCACCUUGCAGGAUGUGGAUGUGUUGUGGGGCCUGCAUAUUGAUGGCCUUUCUGUUACCGUGAAUCAUAUUAGACGGAAUCCCUUACAACACCAACAAAUGAUUUAUGAUGUUUUAAGUGUUUGGCUAGAGAAUAGGCACUUUCGAGAUGGGCGAUUAAAGAUGUCAUUCAUAAAGGCACGAUUAUGGAUAGCAUUGGAGCCCAGUACCUCUGAUGUGGUGGUUCGUCAAUAUGCUCGGAUGUACAUACUGAUUCUAUUAGGAGGCCUACUAUUUGCAGAUACCACAAGCAAUGUUGUUAGUACAAAUUGGUUCGAUUAUGUACAAGACUUGGAGGCGAUGAAUGAAUACAGUUGGAAAAGCGUGGUGUUGGCCUAUUUAUACUCGCGGAUGUAUAUUGCUUCUCGAGCAGAAACUAAGAGUACUGGUGGGCCUUAUUUAUUACUACAAUUUUGGGCGUGGGAGCGAAUCUCACUUAUUCGUCCUGAUAUACAUCCUCGAUAUGAGAUUGGAGAUUACCCAAGAGGAGGGAGAUGGGCAGAUGAUCGUUUAGAUUAUGAGCCUCCUGGUAGGCUUGCGGUGUAUUAUUGA